AGAGACGCGGGGCGGGCGGACUUUACACGGUUUAUUUCUUACACGUCUCUCCCCGUGAAAACCACCGGGAUUUUAGCUCCAAACUGCGCUGUUCUUCUGCUCUUUCGCCCCCCUCUCCGCCGUGGACCGUCCGGCGGGAGCGCGCCUCCAUGGAGCGGGUUACCGGGGCAACCGAGCGCGGGAGCGGCGCUCCUCACGGGGACUCCGCUUUAUCCUCCCGCCCCAAUUAGAGCAUCCUUAGUCCACGUUGUCAGGGUUAGAUCUCUGUUUAAAGGUCCAGGAUAUGUGGUGACUGGUGUCGGUGUCAGUCAGUGUGUGAAAGCAGGUCAAUGAGCAACAACAUGUACGCGGGACGCAAACGGAGGAAACCGGCGCAGAAGGGAGUCAAGCCGACCCCACCUGAAGGAGCUAAAUCCAACCCGUCCAAACGGCACCGCGACCGGCUGAACUCGGAGCUGGACCGGCUGGCCAGCCUGCUGCCCUUCCCCGAGGACGUUAUCUCCAGCCUGGACAAGCUGUCCAUCCUGAGACUCAGCGUGAGCUACCUCCGGACCAAGGGCUUCUUCUCAGUGGCGUUGAAGAAGCAGCGUCCCGGUGGCCUGAACCAGAGCGACCACGACAAGAGCAGCCUGAAGGCGGCGCCCGGAGACGGCCGCACCCCUGAGGGCGAGCUGCUGCUGCAGGCUCUGAACGGCUUCGUCCUGGUGGUGACGGCUGAAGGGGUCAUCUUCUUCUGCUCUCACACCAUUCAGGAUUACCUCGGCUUCCACCAGACUGAUGUGAUGCACCAGAGUGUGUUCGAGCUGAUCCACACCGAAGACCAGCAGGAGUUCAGAAGGAACCUGCACUGGGCCCUCAACCCCCCGGUCGGCCCCGGACCCCCCACGGAUGCUGCAGGUGGAGGGUCGGCACCGGACUCCUGCCUGGUGAGCUACAACCCCGAGCAGCUCCCACCUGAGAACUCAUCCUUCCUGGAACGAGCCUUUGUCUGCCGCUUCCGCUGUCUGCUGGACAACUCCUCAGGCUUCCUGCCGCUGAACAUCCAGGGCAGGCUGAAGUUCCUCCACGGUCAGAGCCGUCAGCCGUGCGACAGCGAGGGCAGCGCCCCGCCUCAGCUCGCCCUGUUCGCCAUCGGCACGCCCCUGCAGCCUCCGGCCAUCCUGGAGAUCCGGACCAGGAACAUGAUCUUCAGGACCAAGCAUAAACUGGACUUCACGCCGAUGGCCUGCGACGCCAAGGGGAAGAUAGUCCUGGGCUACACGGAGGCGGAGCUGAGGGUGCGGGGAUCGGGGUACCAGUUCAUCCACGCCGCCGACAUGCUGUACUGCGCCGAGAAUCACGUCCGAAUGAUAAAGACGGGCGAGAGCGGUCUCACCGUCUUCAGGCUGCUCACCAAGGACAACAGAUGGAAGUGGGUCCAGGCCAACGCCCGGCUCGUCUACAAGAAUGGCAAGCCCGACUACAUCAUCGCCACCCAGAGGCCUUUGGUGGAUGAGGAGGGGGAGGAGCACCUGAGGAAGCGGUCCAUGCACCUGCCCUUCACCUUCACCACCGGGGAGGCUCUCCUCUACCAGACCGGCUUCCCGCUGCACGGCUUCCCAGACUCCUUCCAGGGCAAAGCCAAAGGCAGCAAACCCAAGAAGGGCAAAGUGGACGGCAGCGCCUCGGAAGACCUGAACCCGAAGUCCCUGCUGGGGGCGCUGAUGAGCCAGGACGAGUCGGUGUAUGUGUGCAGGCCGGACACGGAGCCCAAGGAAUCCUUCCACACCGGCUUUUGCAGUAAGAGCGACGGGCUGGAGGGAUUGUCGAGCAGCACCAGCUGGAACACGGGGUCCAAUGGCGAGCUGGGGAGAUACAGCGGCUCAUCGUCGGGUUUCGACCCUCUCCUGGCCACGCUGGACUCGCUCUCCCUGGACGGAGGGGAGACCUGCUCCAACAGCGAGCUGUUCAGCGCCCUGGAGAACCUGGGCCUGAAUGCUGAGGACCUGGAGCUGCUGCUGCUGGACGAGAGGAUGAUCCAGGUGGAGCUAGACCCCAACCACGUCCCCUCCCUCACGGACCUCCUCACCAACAACGAGAUCCUCUCCUACAUCCACACCUCCCUGGAGAACGGGAGCGAGGAGCAGAGGAGCAGGAGUGGGUUGGGGGUCUCCAGCCAGGACCCCGCCCAGGGCGUCUCUCAGCAGGCGUGUCUGCCCCCAGCCGCACCCCCACCCUUCCCCGGGGUCAGGCACCCCAUCGUCCAGCUGUCGCAGCAGAUGCAGCAGCACAUUAAAGCUCAGACCCAACCUCUGUCCCAUCCCGGGACAGGCCACCCCGGCGGCCCGAAGGGGGUUCCCCAGAACCCCUGGGUGGGAGCAGAGGACCCCCACCAGUCCAGCAGCAACAUCCAUCAGCAUCAGACGCCACUCAAGUCCACGUUCAAGCACUUCCACCCAGCUCUGGAGUCCAGGCAGCAGUGGGGCCUCCAACAGACCCAGCAGCAGGCCAGCGGAGGAACCACGGCGUUGCUGGACUUCCAGAAGCAGCUCGGCCCGGCAGCAGACGGCUGCUGCGUCCCAGCCGGACACCAAGCCUUUCCUGCACACGUGGAGCUCAGCCGCCCGGAUUACAGCAGCUCCCAUCCAGCGCUGAACGCCUCAGCCACUCCGGACAUCUGCCACCAUCACGGCUCGGCGUGGCCCUACCAGACGCCGGGUCACCAGGACCAGAACCACCCCCAGAUGCUGCAGCAGGCUCCGCCUCCAGCGCCAUGUCUGUCCAACGGGUCUCCCGGCUCCGCUCUGGAGCUGCAGCAGCUGCUGUCUCUGUCGCAGCCGCAGCACAGCCUGCCGUCCCUAGAGGCCUACAGCGUGUUCGGCCCGACUCCAGACACCAAGGUGGAGGACAGCUGUCUCCUCAGCUACGCCCGGACGUGUCUGCUGCCCGGCACCAAUGGACUGGCCCCCCGCGACGUCCCCGUCCCGCGUCCCACCCCGCUGCCGGCGCUGCAGGACGGACAGAAGCCCGGGUUCUUCCUCUGAGGACCGGCAGAGGACAGACCCAUCUUAGUCCGGAGGAGACGGCAGAGGACACCUGCAGACCCGUCUCAGUCCGGAGGACACGGUUCCGUCCCUGCAGACCCGUCUCAGUCCGGAGGACACGGUUCUG